AUGCCACGCUCCGAGGACGACGAGGUCAUCUUCAAGCUCGGCCUCGAGAACAUCAACAUGUUGUUCGUGUCAUCCAAGGUGCUCGUCUUCUUUGACCUGCAGUACGUCGGCCGCUUUUGGACGUCCUUCGAGCUGUGGCUCUCCCUGCGGACGAUCACGGCCAAUGGACUGAUGUCCACGCCAGCGGAUCAGCACAGGGCGCACGUGGUGUGCACGGGUGCUGCCAACCAGGCUGAAGCUACCAACCUGGAGGACGAUAUCAUCGUGACCAAUCAGGGCGACAAGGAUAUGCAGUUGGUGGUCUUGGAUGACCUUGCAAAGAACGCGGGUGGCCUCUACAAGCGGGCGGUGGCAGAAUCAGCAGUGCGAUCAGCCUUCGAGAUCGGGCAGCGGCGAGAGUGGGUCACCGCGGGCUCCUGCGCCGCAGGCCAGCUGCGUGGAGAGCUGGGGUGCGAGCAGAAGCCCGUCUCGCUCGCGCUGGUGGAACAGAGUCAGAUUCAGACAGGGUCCGUGGGAGAGCGGCUCGCGCGGGCGCCAGAGGCGGCCGUCUCCGAGGGCCUCGCGAGGCUGCAGGGCGGCAGCCGGCUGUCCGUUCUCUGCGUGGUGGGCGGCUUGGUCUUGACAGCUGUGGCCACUGUUGGCAGGCAGAUCACCGGCGCCAGGCGCCACUCGCUACCACGCGGCGGCCCGGGCGACUCGUACGCGCUGGCGCAGGAGGGCCCGAUGGAGCCGCUCACCGCCGGCUCCGACCGCGACUCGGAUUCCGACGACUUCUCUCCGCCCUCGGAGUCGCCGCUGCACGCGGUGGCGCGGCAGAUAGCAUUGUCGAGGCCGGUGGCGGGCUCGCGCGGCCGGGUGCCGCCGCCUGGGCAGAGGUACGCGCGCCUCGGCUCAGAGGAACUGCUCUGA